AUGGGUAGUUGCUGGGCAUUUGCGGCUGCUGCAGCCAUUGAAUCAGCACAUGCAAUAGCCACAAGGGAACUAAUUACCCUUUCUGAACAACAACUCAUAGAUUGUGAUUCAAAGAGCCAAGGUUGCUCAGGAGGAUGGCCCUCUAAUGCGUUUGAUUGGGUUACAAAAAAUGGUGGGAUUAGAAGAGAAGAUGAUUAUCCUUAUUCCGCUCAACAGGGUUAUUGCAGAGCCAACAUGGGAAUUUAUGAAGUUGAGGAUUGCCCCAGGGAAUCAAACAAUUUGACUCAUGCUGUUUUGAUUGUUAGAUAUGAUUCAAAUGAUGGAAAAGAUUAUCGGAUUGCGAAAAACUCAUGGGGAGAAGAUUGGGGAAUGAAUGGAUACAUCUUGCUCCGAAGAAAUAUGGGUUUACCAAAUGGAGUUUGCUCUAUCAAUACUGCAGCUUUCUACUCAACCAUAUAA